GAGUUUUGACACAUCAAUCUUGUCUAUUUGUUUAAAAGAUAAAUAAACAAUUAAUAUAUGACGUUUUGAUAAAUAAAUAGUUUAAAUAGAAGACUUAAUUAUGUAAAGGAAAAAUAAUGGCUAUCCUGAAAUAAGACGUUUCCAGUGUACAAAAUGAUCUACAAACAAAUAAUCCUCUUACCAUAUUUCAUCACCUUCGUCUUCUGUGCCUCAGGAGCCCUAGUUUCCAAAUCAAACGUGUCCGAAUACAAACCAUGGUCCCCGCUAGUGCGAUGCAACUUUCUACCCCUUGAAUUCAUCGACUGUGAUCCCCCUGUCGACCACAAAGGCAAUGUAACAGCUCAAGAAGAAUUGGGAUAUGGAUGCUUAAAAUUUGGAGGCUACAAUUACGAAGAUGUUGAAAGAACCAAAGUGCAAUGCACAGUUUUACCUGAUAUUGAAUGUUAUGGGCCACGGACGUUUUUGAGAGAUGGGUUUCCUUGUAUUAAGUAUUCUAAUCAUUAUUUUACUACCACGUUGAUUUAUAGUAUUUUGUUAGGGUUUUUGGGAAUGGAUAGGUUUUGUUUGGGGCAAACAGGUACGGCUGUGGGGAAGUUGUUGACGCUAGGAGGAAUCGGUAUUUGGUGGAUUUUGGAUAUAAUUUUCUUGAUCACAAAUUGUUUGCAUCCGGAAGAUGGGAGUAAUUGGAAUCCUUAUGCAUAA